AUGGUACCGCUACCCUUCAACAGCGACGAGAUCGUUUCUCUACUCAGCGAAAUGUACACUCUGAUUUUGCGCUUCCAAAGCCUGCCCGAACAUUUCAAUAUCAGUUGCGGACCCCACGCUCUCCCAUCAUUUGACACCGAUGCCUGGAUUGAGGCUGGUAUGGAUCCUGAGACCGUCACUGUCCUGUCAAAACUACCCCUUUUCAAUUCCGACAAGGGGAAAAUUGGUCCUGAUAUGUCUCCCAUGCUCUAUUUGAGGGACGCACAGACUGUGGAGUCCGAUCACGAGGAAACGAGCGAACAUGAAGAGGAAGAGGAAGACGAAGAAGAGAACGAGCGAAGAAUGCAUCUCAAAUCAUGGACCGACCCGUUCUUCCUGGAGCCUGAGGAGAAGUACAUCGAGUCAUGGUGUAUACCCCUCACUUCCGCCAAUCAUGGUGGAUACGCUCUAAUCUUAGACUGCAAAACUAACGAGAUAUUUGAGGUCGAUUAUUUCAGCGCUCGAUAUGACCUCCCCGAAGCUCCUCUCGACACUCAUGAAGGUUACUAUCGCCAUUUUCCGUCCGGGCCCGCUCCCAAUGUUCUCAAGAAGUGGGUUGCGUAUUAUAGAGAUCUGGUCAUAGUACCUGAUUAUAGGCAUGGAAAUUGGUGGUUUGGAGAUGAAGGAGAAAUGGGUGGAGAAGAAGAAAUGAAAGACGAAGCAGAGGGUGCGAAUAUGGAAGCCGAGGAUGCGAGAAUCAAGGAAGCUGCGAAGGACUGGGUGCGAAGAACGUAUGGCGAGUGA